AUGGAGAUCAGAGUUUUUAAUGGUGUGUACCUCAUUUGCGCAUUGGUAUUAUUGGCGUCGCCAGUGAGAAUCGACGCACAGCGCAAGGCUUGCCGUGUGCAGAAUCUUGAACGUACAGUAAAGCGCAAUGAUGGCUGCCAAAUGAAAUUCAUCGUUCAAGCGUGCAGAGGAACGUGUAACUCGGAAGAAGUGCAUUUGGAACGUUCUCCGUUCGUUCUGCGACAAUGUAAUUGCUGUAAAUCGGCUGGAAAUAUAACAACACAAGACAUAACAUUCACGUGUAGUUCUGGCAAUGUUAACCUGACCGUGCCCAGCGUUACGAAAUGUGCCUGCCUCUCGUGCAAAUGA